AUGGCAACUUCGAAUAAAAAAUGCUCAAUAUCUCAUGAUGUCAGUACAGAUACGGAUGAUUCGGAUUGUGAAAAAGAUUGUUCAGAUGCAAAUAAUAAUAAUAUAUCAUCAUCGAAGAGUCGAGGAUUGAAACGAUUAAAUGAUAAGAUGAAACCAUGUCUUGUGAAUAAAACAUCUACAAGUGACGAAGAAUUACAAUUAAAUGAAACUGGUACACAUCCAGGACGUUCAAACGAACAGCCAACACAUGGAAUUCUCAAAGUUCCUAGUGGCUCGACAAGUCCGGAACUACAUUUGCCGAAUCCUCCAAAAACAAAAACGAAAUCAAAAUCAUCAUCGCCUACUUCAAAUCAUGAUAAUUCAUCUGUUAAUAUCGGUGCUCCAAGUCAGCAGCAUUUUCGCACGCGUACAAACCCAAGUAAAAAACUUCAAGAACAAACGAUUGUGCCAACAACUACAGCAAACAAUCCAGAUCGUGUGAUACUCGUUGUAGACGAAACAAGAUUUGUCAUCGAUCCACAACUAUUUCGUGCACAUCCAAAUACAAUGCUGGGUAGAAUGUUUAGCACAUCAUGGGAAACAUCAGUUGUGGCAAACGAGCGAGAAGAAUACGAAAUUGCUAAUGGCAUAUCGGCAACAAUAUUUCGAGCGUUAUUGGAUUUUUAUAGUGUGGGAAUGAUACGUUGUCCACCUUCAGUCAGUAUACAAGAUUUACGUGAAGCUUGUGAUUAUUUUCUAAUCCCAUUUGAUCAAUUAACAAUUCAAUGUCAAGAUUUAUGUGGUUUGUUACAUGAAUUGUCCAAUGAUGGCGCAAAAAAACAAUUUGAAAUGUUUCUUGAAAAUGAUAUUUAUCCUGUGCUUGUUGAAUCUGCUCAACGUGGUGAUCGUGAAUGUCAAAUAGUGAUUUUAUGUGAUGAUGAUCUUAUCGAAUGGGAUGAUGAUUAUCCGCCACAACUCGGUCAAGAAGAGGAUAAAGCUCGGAUUAUACGUUCAACUGCAAUGUAUAGAUUUUUCAAAUAUAUCGAAAAUCGUGAAGUAGCGAAAUUGGUGCUAAAAGAUCGUGGCUUGAAAAAAAUUCGCAUGGGUAUCGAAGGUUAUCCGACGCAUAAAGAAAAAGUUCGCUGCCGUCCACGUGCCAGGCCAGAAGCUAUCUAUAGUUACAUUCAACGGCCAUUUCUGCGCUUGUCUUGGGAGAAAGAAGAAGCGAAAUCUCGUCAUGUUGACUUUCAGUGCGUACGCAGCCGAUCGGUAAACAGUCUAAUCGAUGCAAACGAUGAUCAAAAUUCUGGCAAUGCAUUACUAUUUCAAUUUGUUGAGCCUACUCAGAAUCAAAUAAUCCCACCGCCACCAUCACCAAGAGAGCUCUUUCCAGCACUGGGACCAUUUCCUUCAUCAGGACUUCCGGGUGAUACAUCAUUUACAGACUAA